AAAAAAACAGAAAUUAUUGUCAGAUAAAUUGUAAUCGCAAGAGUUUCUUUGGUAGUGUCACAAGUUUUCUCGGGUAUUUGACAAUAUUUCGAGGCGUACAUUGGUAAAAGCGAUCAAAAUUAGCACAAAAUUUGAUUGUUGAAACAAGGACGAGCCGAAUCUUGAAGCUAGUUCCGAGAUCGCGUAAAAUGAACUAGUAGACAGUGCAUUAACCUUGGACAUCAUUCUACAAAGGAAAAAAAAUACACCUGAUUUCACAGUGACUGUUUCUACUGAAGAUCGCAGUGGAUAGGCUUAAAUCAAUUGGUUCGCGAUAUUUUAGUCGAAUUGCUGUCUGGUUUAAACGUUUGGGAAUGGAAUUGCAACAGCACCCACGCAAACAAACUUCGACAUCCUCCUCAUCCUCAUCUGGUGCUUUGCCUGGAAACAUAGUAGGCAGUGCGGGUACAAGCAACAAGAACGACUACGACAGCUCCCAUAGUAGCAGCAACACAGAGGACUACACGGAGACUGACGAAAGGCGCCGUCGGAUUAUGAAGAACCGCGCUAGAAACAAUCGUUUGAUGCAGCAACAAGCGCAACAGCAGAGCACGGUUGUUUUGGUGAAACCGUCGCCUACCGCGAAAAAACACUUGGACGGAGAGGAUCGCAUCACUUUAAUCGUAGACAAUACAACGUUCUCAAUAAAUCCAUCGUUGUUUACCGCACAUCCGAACACGAUGCUUGGACGUAUGUUCAGCUCGGGAAUGGAGUUUACUCAUCCGAAUGAUCGCGGCGAGUAUGAAGUUGCUGACGGUAUUUCACACACUGUAUUCAGAGCCAUACUUGAAUACUACCGGAACGGGGUUAUCCGUUGUCCUCCCACGGUUUCAGUACAGGAGCUGCGUGAGGCAUGCGAUUACUUGUUAAUUCCAUUUACAGCCGAUACCAUCCGCUGUCAGAAUCUGCGCGGUCUGUUGCAUGAGCUGAGUAACGAGGGAGCUCGUGAACAAUUUGAAGUGUUUCUCGAAUCGUUGAUUUUACCGCUAAUGGUUGCCUCGGCAGAGCGUGGCGAUCGCGAAUGCCAUGUAGUGGUGCUUUCAGACGAUGACGUUGUCGACUGGGAUGAAGAAUAUCCUCCUCAAAUGGGCGAAGAGUACUGCCAAACCGUAUCUAGUACGGCCAUGUAUCGCUUCUUCAAGUACAUAGAGAAUCGUGAUGUGGCUAAGCAAGUGUUGAAGGACCGGGGUCUGAAAAAAAUCCGUCUUGGUAUCGAGGGCUAUCCGACUUACAAGGAGAAAAUAAGAAAACGAGCCAGCGGCCGAGUAGAGGUGAUCUACAACUAUUUGCAGCGUCCGUUCAUACACAUGUCAUGGGAAAAGGAAGAAGCCAAGAGCCGACACGUGGACUUCCAGUGCGUUAAAUCUAAGUCGGUAACCAAUCUGGCAGAGGCCACGGCAGAUCCGGCCCUCGAAUUGGAUUCAGGUGGAAAUCCUUUGCCUCAACGUCACUUUGAUAUUUCCAACGAACCGGACGUGGAUGCUAUUCGCCCAAUAGUUGCCGCGGCAAUUGCUAUUGACGGAGAAGAAGGAGCUGUUGGUGGAAUAGUUAAUCCGGAGGAAAUUGGUGGAUCCGAUGAUGCGCAGUAAUUUAUCAUUGCUGUUACUAAAUUUAAUUAAAAAAAACUACCAAUAUCUUGUUAGACUGCUAUAUCCGUCACUAUUUGAAAACUACCACUGCAUAGCUGUGCUAGAGAUUAACGCAUAUUUCAUGAUUGGGCCACGUAUAAAAUAAAGAACAUUGUCAUCAUUUUUAAA